AUGGAGAGCGUGCGACUUACACCAUCAAUGAUCCCCGACCUUCCCAACUAUGAUGUUAAGGAAUCAUCUUUCUUUACUAAAUGGGAACAAUUACCUUCCCCGAAAGAAGUGCAGGCAACAUCGCGCAAAAGCCUAUCUACGAUAGAACCUUCAGCAUCAACCACCUGCACGAAGCAGGCCCCAUUCCCUACCGUCCGCCAAUUCCACGACUGGUUCACAUUUUUUCCCCGACGACGGAUGUCGGAUCCAUACUCUGUGCCCAUAGAACCAUAUCGCUAUGGUCUUCCAGACCACUGUGCCAUCAAAUUCACCCAUGGCGAUCUCCAUCGCAGUAAUAUCAUCGUCACAUCCUCUCCUCCGUACCGUGUAAUGGCAAUCAUCGACUGGGAGCAAUCCGGCUGGCUGCCUGCAUACUGGGAAGUGCGCAAAGCGCAGAUGUCAGCUUUGAGUGGUGAGGAAUGGGCAUCUGUCUAUCUUCCCAUGGUUCUGGAUGGAUUUGAGAAUACUGUGGAUUCAUGGUGGUGGUAUGUAGCCGCUUUGGGACCUUGA